AUGGCUGCUUAUGGAGCUCUGGUUUCUCUUAUGCAUAUCUUAGAUACUCUUGAAAAACAUCCUUCUCCUCCCAUUUCUAUCGACGAAAAACAAGUUGAAUCUCUCACUCAAACUGUUACCUUCUUGCAAGAGUUUCUUGAUGGUUAUAUUUCCCCUGUUUUCGAUAGCCACGAAGCUGAUCCAUUGGAGCGCCGCUUUGCUGAUGCAGUUCAUGCAGCGGAGGAUGUUAUUGAAUCCCAUAUUGUGGCUCAAAUUGACAGAGGAUCCACAGCCGUUGAAGAUCAUGACCUCUAUCAUGAUCUACAGAAAGUGAUGGAAGAAAUGAAUCUGGUCAAGAAAGAAGUGACUGAGACUGCAGCCAUUGCUCAGCUGCGGAGAAAGGUCUUCUCGACUCAUGCUGCUGGUUCAUCGAUGUCUUCUUCCACUGUGAACGAAAACGUGAUGGUGGGCUUUGACCAAGUGUUUCUUGAAGUUUUGGAUAAGCUUACCGGAGAUCAACUCAACCGCCAAAUCAUCCCCAUUGUGGGGAUGGGCGGAAUUGGUAAGACCACUCUCGCUAGAAAUUUAUUUGAGAAUAUACUUGUCAAGGAGCAUUUUGAUAUUCGUGCUUGGACUACAAUUUCUCAAACUUUUAACGUUAGAGAAACACUUCUAGAAAUUCUUUUCAAAGGAAGUAGCGAUUCGAGUAGUGAUCUUAGUGAAAAUGAGUUGGGAGAGAAAGUAUACAAGUAUUUAUGGGGUAAGAGGUAUUUGGUAAUAAUGGAUGAUAUGUGGAGUAUAGAGGUGUGGGACAAGAUCAAAUUUUUUUUUCCUGAUCGCCAAAAUGAGAGUCGAAUAAUCGUAACAACUAGGUUGUCAAACUUGAGUUUUCAGUUGAACAAGUCUUAUAGAGUUGGUAUGAAAUUUCUAGAUGAGGCUAGUAGUUGGAAUUUGUUUUGUAAGACUGUGUUUGGGAAAGAAAGUUGUUAUCUUGAGUUGGAGAAUAUUGGAAAGAAUAUUGUAGCAAACUGUAAAGGGCUUCCUUUAUCAAUUACAACAAUAGGGGGUCUUUUGGCAAACUCUGAGCGCACAAGAGAAUAUUGGGAGCAUAUCGAGCAAAAUUUAACUUCAAUUGUUAUGAACAGCAAUGAUGAAUUUUGUUUGAAAAUAUUAAGGAUGAGCUAUAUCUAUUUGCCAAAUUAUUUGAAGCCAUGUUUUUUGUAUAUGGGUGUUUUUGAGGAAGAUCGUAGUAUACGUGUGUCAAUGCUCCAUGAGCUAUGGAUUUCUGAAGGAUUUAUAAAACUAAGGAGUGGGAAAUGUUUAGAAAUAAUUGUGCAAGACUACUUCAAGGAGUUGGUUGACAGAAAUCUAAUUUUAGUUGACGAGUUGGGGUCUACUGGUAAUGUUAAGUAUUGUAAAAUUCAUGAUUUGAUGAGAGAUUUGUGUUUGAAAGAAGUUGAAAAGGAGAGGUUUUAUUAUGUCGUAAGAGAUUAUCAUCAGGCAAAUAAUAGCGAACGACGAGUUGUUCUUAAAACUUCAGCAUUGUUCAUAAGUGAAGUCUUGAGACAUUUGUCAUGCACUCGUUCCAUAAUAUGUGAUUAUAAUGGCUAUGAAGAGAGUGAUGGAGAAGUUCGACUGCCUCACAAUCUUAGGUUGUUGAGGACAUUUAGAGCAUCUGAUUCCUGGAAUGGUGAUUACCUCCUAGCUAAUGUGUUUGAAUUUGUGAACUCGCGGUACCUUGCUGUUAGAGUUUGCGACGACUCCAAAUUCCCUCCUUCGAUUGAACUGCUUUGGAAUCUACACACAUUGAUUAUUCAUUGUUCUUCGAAGGGUCUUAUUGCACCAAUUCAAAUUUGGAAACUGCAUCAACUUCAGCAUCUUGUGUUUGAGGAAGGCGAGGUGAUUCUUCCGGAUCCACCCAAAGGCGACAAAGACAUUGUUAUCAUGGAAAAUCUGCAAACACUCAAAGGAGUGAAGAAUUUGUUUUUGAAUGAAGAUGUGGUUAAAAGGAUCCCCAAUGUGAAGAAUUUGAAUCUAAGCUACCAAGUGAAGCAGAUGGAGCGAGCAAACUGCCUCGGCUAUCUUCAUUGUUUGAGUAAACUGGAAAUCUUCCGCUGCUCCACAGCAUUAGCAAGUGAUGAGUGUUGGCAGCGGAUUAGAUUCCCGCACUCCCUCAAGAAGUUGUCUAUUAUUGCCUCUAUUAUUGCCCCUUCUAAGCUAGAGUUGGAAGGCAUAAUGCUGAAAAUCGGUUCCCUGCCCCUUCUUGAGAAGUUUGUAAUAGAAGGUGGUUCUUUCAAAACAGAAUCAGCGGUGGUGUCAGCUAAAAAGAUAGUAGAAGAACAAGAGGAUUUAUAUGGCGACCAACUAGACCUUCAUGUUCUAGCUGUAGUUGAAAAUGAAGAAGAAGAAGCAUUGAAGACCUUGUCAAGUGCCAAAUUUGAAGUUCAAGUGGGAGGUUUUUAG